UCCAAAAUGUUGGUCAACAUCCUUCGCUUUUUACUCCUUUCUGUAUAUAUUUUAGGAACUUAUUCAGAAAAUUCUAAAAGUUGUUUGGAAUACCCAUUGGGUCCUCCUUUAAACUUUAAAGCUUCCCCAGACGCCACUCAAGUUGUAACUCUAUCAUGGGAACCACCGGAAUAUUAUGAAUCUUGUGAUGUGCAAUAUUUAAUACAUCUUAGAAAUGCAAACUCUUCCGAAUACCUAACUGAUAUUCAAAAAACAAAUAAUUUAGUCUUCAAAUUUCCUUAUGAAAAAUUUUUAUGCUAUCCAUUUAACGCAACUAUUUACGCUACUUAUGAAGGCUUAACAUCAACGCCGGCUUCUGCUAUCAUUAUACCAUUGGAUCCACUUACUGAAUUAGGAGCACCUGUUCAACUUUUAUUGGAAAACUCCGAAGAAACAUUGAAACUCGAAUGGUUGCCACCUGCAGGAUAUGAACAGUGUGCAGCCUUACACUAUUUCAAUUUUGGAAUUGAAUUCUAUGAUAUUGACCGAAAUAUUACGUUUUCUUCAACGAACUAUAUAAAACAGCUUGAGUCUACCCACGUCUAUGGUCCUUAUGACUUUGAAUAUUACUGCGAUGUAGUUGCUAUUAAAGUUUUUGGAUACUUCCUUGGCCGCAAAUCGCACACGAUUGCUAAAACUGUUACUUUUGGUCCAAAAGGUUACUGUACAAAAAAUCAUUCCAAUUAA